AUGGCUAAUCCCUCCCGCUCUCCGCAUCGUUCGUCCGACCGUACGUGUAGUCCUUGUUUCAGCAAUGUCGGUGCCCUGUCGCGCGCGCGCCAACAAGAGCCUUUGCCGAAGCCACUCGCUUCUAGCUCCUUGUCCCACUUACGCCCCCCGUCGCAAGCUGCAUAUUGGCCCGCUGCCCUAGGCGGUGUACAACAUGACCUGCUGCUGCUUGCACUUGCUUGCCAACUAGCUACCUCUACCUACUCGAGCACUAAGCAAUCCUCCCAUCGGGGCAUUUUCACCGCGCCUUCGCCACAGACCACUUGCGCUUGCAACAAGGAAAAAAAUAAUAUCAUCAUGCCAAACUAUCCGCCACGCCGGCACCAAUGGGCUGCCUCUCACAGCCACAGCCACGCCCACAUCGACCCCGUCUUACGUGCGCCUGUUUGGCACGCAUGCCUGUUCAGCAUAACAAGCUAA